UCUGAGCUUCCUGUCCUCUGUCAACAAGUGGCACAGGAUUGUUUUGCCCACUAACUUUCAGUCCGCCUGCUCAAAGUAACAACACUGCGCCGCCCUGUCGUCACAUGCAGACCCACCGGCCGCUCUCCCUCCGUCCUCUUCCUCGGGGUCGUGGUUAUGGAAGGACGCUGUGCCGUUGAGACGUGGGCAGAGUUCGGCUUUCCAGACGCUUCCCGCACGCCGAGGAUCACGUGUGCCCGCGGGACAGAUGUUUUCAUCUGCACUGGCAGCGACGAAGUCUACGUCUUCGAUACUCAAGAGAGAAAACUCACGGCCGUCCUGCAGUUCCCCAGUCCCGUGAGUGACCUGGUGGAGAGUCACGACAAACAGCUCCUCUAUGUGUCCUGUGGAAGUGGCGUUUACUGUGUCAGCUUUCCGUUUCUGCUGUCCAGGGCUCAGAGCUCCCCAGCCGAUGCAUGCUCCGGUCCGGCUGAGGUGAAGGUCCCCUCUGAAUUUCUCGUUGUCGAGCAGGAAAGUGUGUCAUCGCUGCUCCUCGUCGGCUCUGUGCUCCUGGUCCUUUCCCAGAGAGACGCGUCCUGGCUGCUGAGUCUGUACAAAACAGCAAAAGAAGCGCAGUGCAGCAGUUACGAGAUGCUCAGUUCAUUCAGUCUACCACUGGUCUCAUCUGGUGACACUGAGGGAACAGGGAUGAGAAGGAGGCCUGUGCUCACUUGUGUCCAUUCUGGUGAACCAAAAUCACAAUCUUCCUCCUCCGCCUCUUCAUCAACCUUAGCGGACAGUCAUUUCCAACUGGACCCUGUCCUUUUCAAACUUCUCUUUGGCAUCGAAGCCGCCCUCGCCAAAUCGCCGGUUGUCCUUUGUGGCCUGCCAGACGGACGUCUGUGCUUCCUCCCUCUUCGUCUCCCAGGUGCACGGCUUCGAGUCCUGCAUAGCCUGGAGGAGCCAGUCGCAUUUGUCGGACUGUCCGUUGUCGAGGAAACGUGUCCAGGACAUGCAAAGUGUUUGGUGGUGGUGGGUGAACAAGGGAGGGUGGUGCUGAUGAAGACUGUCAAAGGAGGGCCAGAGGGAGGGGGCACCACAGCUGGUUUCAUUGAGGCGUGUGUAGCUGGGCCUGUGGUGUGUGGCUCUGUGGAUAAACACCGUCUGUACUACAGCACUGGUUCAGACCUGUUGGUCCUGGAUCUGUCAGUGGGACCGUCUGGGAGAGAGAGCCGGGAAAGGGACGAUGACACAUCCAGUCCGACAGCUGCUGCGCUCACAAGGCCCAACAGUCUAAAUGUGUGUCGAGUCAUGGCCUUGGCCGCACCUGCACACAACAAUGCAGGAGAAGUCCAGCUGCUGGGGCUGUCGGUCAGAGGGCAGCUCCAGGCGAUUGUCUUACCUGUGGUGGAGAGAAGGGAUGAAGCGUUAUCCAAUCAGCCUUCCGCGCAGGUGGGCCGCAGCGUUGGGGAUCUCCUGUCUGCUAUCGGUGAUGUUUGUCAAAGAGUAUCCGUGCUGAAAAAUGCCAUCAAGGACAAAAACCAAAUUCUGAGGCACCUGAAUCAGGUGCUCAACGUCAGCUUCCUGCUGAUAGCCAGUACAAAUAGUGAAGAGCAUCGUCCCGGGCAGGAGAAGCCAAUCCGAUGCCGUGCCUUGACCAGGUGGAGCAGACUGCUCCAGAAAGACUCUCUAAACCUGACAUGUGUCCUGGAUAACUCAAGUCCGUAUGUUUUGGAACAGGGCUGGACACUGAGCGUCACUGUGUUUCCUGUGUCCUACUCACCGGGCGCAGGAGAGGAAAGCUCCUCCACAAAUUUUUCAUUCCCAUUCAACUAUCUCCAUCCGGGGGAAACAUUAGAAGUGUCGCUGCCGCUUGCUGCUGCAGGCGACACGUCCUUCCCUAUGAGAGUAAGCUGCUCGCUCAUCUUCUCACUCUCAAGUCUCCUGAGAGAGGAGGAGACCAUACACCUUCCUGGCUUGCAGAGAAGUUGCAUCAGUUUGCCCUUGAACACACUGACCGUAGAUUGGCUGCACGCCCUGCAGGUGAAUAAUCCCACAACCCAUCCCAUCAACAGAAACGCCACAUCUCAAUCCAACCACUACCCAACAGACACUGUCAAAGCCUUUUUAAGCUCACACCGGACUAGGUGCAGCGGACGAGGAGAGAGUGGUGAAAAAAAGGCUGAGCGAGAGCAGCAUUCAGCGAGGAUACGAGUGUCAUCCGAGCUACUCAGGGAUACACUGGUGGACACUUUGGAGCCACAGGGGCCAAAGUUGUCCUCCGAAAAUCUCUGCAUCUCGCUGCUGGACUGGCUGUUGUCUGAACAUCCUGGCGGAGGAAAGAUCGGACAGCAGGGAGACAGGAUCGCUCUGAGCAGCUCAUGUGUCCACGCUCGAGGUCCAAACGGAGACUCUGUCAAACUGAGUGCAAAAGAGGUACAUGUGGGGGAGGAGAGCACGGGGAAGGAGGAGCACCUGAGCGCAGUAGAAGUUCAGUUAGACAGCUCAUCCAUAGCAACAGUGUGUGGACUGCACCAUGCUGUGUUGAGCCGGAUACAGGCUCUGUUGCAGAGUGCUCCUGAGAGGACUGCUUCCACUGUGAGGGUCCAGAGUUUAGGUUUAAGAGAGGCACUUAAGCGGGCCGAGCGUCUGUCAGAGCAGAUCCAGCAAAGCCGGAUAUCUGGGGCUUUUGGCAUGGGCACGUCCACAGGGCAGAUGAGCCGGUCUCUUCUCGCCGUUUACAAGGAACUCAGAGAGAACCCUCUCCUUAUAAUUUAAACGUAUUUUUUAACCUACUCAGCUUCCCUUAACCUUGUUCUGUGUUGUGUCAUCUGUUCUUUGUAGUCAUAAUAAAUGCAACUCAUUUUUUUUCAUUUA